ACCCAACGCGCAUUGCUCAUCCUCCAGGCAACAGCUGAAGGAAAGCUAUCUGCUCGAUCACAGAAAGACAAUACCAUCCACAGCUCGAGAGGUACCGUAGCCAAUAGUACCAUGGACGACAACACUAAGAAUGAUGGCAAAGACGAGAAGAGGCCAGGUGUGGACUCGUGGCUCGAAGAUGUGCUCGACGGUCGUACUGCUAGUAGCACUGAUGAGAAUCAUCAAUACGUCAACGACAAAGGGAAGCAUCACAACGACAACAACAUUGUCAAUGUCCAUGGCGAGAGCAUCCAGCAACACGAGAACAAUCCAAAGAUUCCCGACGUUGUCGCCAAGAAGCCAGCAGCCAAAGCAACCCUUAAGCCCCAACAAAUAGCGACUCUUCCGAGGCGUUACCAAUACGACAACGAGGACAGUGAAUGCUCUUCCUCAUCUCUACUGAAAGAUAUCUCCAUAGCUCAAGGAGCCCAACUAGCAGAGCCACAGCCAGACAAAGAAGAAGACAACGGAGGCACAAGCCAUACCGCAGAAGAAGUUGCUGCCACUGGCGUGACUGCCUUGAGAAGACAACCCGCAGCAUCUGCCACUGCCAUACCGGGAGCUUUCGCCACAGAUCACACGGGAUCCUUUCAAAACUCACCACUGACAUUCUCCACACUCAACCCAAGGUUGACUCCAACAAUAACCACGCCAGUAGCAACAAAUUCACUGGUUGUGGCCAAUCCAGUCACAGACAAUCCAAACAACUUGCCCAUGGCCGAAGAAGUAGGCAUUCCACACAACAACGAGCAGCAGGGAUCUCAACAAUCAUCGCACGACAAAAUUUGGCUGGCAGCCAUCUUGACAUUGAUCCUUGUUGUAGCAUUGGUCAUUCUCCUCGUUGCAUUGCUGGCAAACAACAACCCGGAAGAAUCCAAUGAAGACCCAAUCGCCAUCAACGACAACAUUCAUAAUUCCACAGUACUCCCAACAGCAACCACUACUGAAACUUCUUUGUCCACCAGAGAAUACUUCAAAAGUCUUCUGCCCAACUACACACUGGCUGCCUUGAACAAUCCAGGAUCACCCCAGUUCCAGGCAUUUGAAUGGUUUCUUCAGGACCCAGCUUUGGAGAACCACACUGCUACCGAUAGCAACGCCACAGUAGACUACGUGUAUCCUUCGUGGCGAAUUCGACAACGCAUGGCUUUGGCCAUUUUCUACUUCAGCACACUUGGCAGCGUGUGGUCUCGAAACAACGAUUGGUUGAGUUAUACUCAUCACGAGUGCGAAUGGUAUACAGCGGAUACAGUGCCAUUUGAAGUAUCACGAAGGGAUUUGGAUGCAUCAGCGUUUUUUGUGUAUUUCACAGAGCCAGUUUGCUACAGUAAUGGAACUUACCAACACCUUCGACUCUAUUCCAACAAUCUCCACGGAUCGCUGCCCAACGAAAUUGGGUGGCUGUCAUCACUCCGAUCCAUGAUUAUUCUAUCCAAUUCCAUUGAGGGAACCGUUCCGUCUUCCAUUGGUCUACUACAGAGAAUGGAAGCCAUAAACUGGGUUUCCAACAAAGUCACAGGGUCGAUUCCUUCCGAGCUGGGCAUGAUGACCAAUCUGAUUGGAUUAGGCACCUAUGUCAACCAAAUGACAGGGCAGCUGCCCUCCGAAUUGGCCAACCUAUCCAAGCUCAAAGAAAUGAUAGCGGGAGACAACCAGUACACUGGCACCAUUCCAACAGAAUAUGCCAGAUUGACCGACAUGGUGUUAUGGGUAUUACCACAAAACCAAUUGGAAGGUUCCCUUCCAUCACAGCUAGAGUCCAUGACGGCUCUGGUGCGGCUGGCGUUGAAUUCCAACAUGUUUACGGGCACCAUUCCUACCUUUUUGGGACAUGCUGGGAAUUUUACUACACUGAGGCUAGAGGAUAACCGAUUCCAUGGUACGAUUCCAGCAGAACUGAUGCAGCUACAGAAUAUGCAACUGAUGAGCAUUUCCAACAAUGAUAUAAAGGGACCACUACCUAGUGAGAUUGGACUCCUAAGUGGCAUGGCAGUAUUGGAGGCUGCCAACGCUUCUCUCAACGGGACAGUGCCAACAGAACUGGAGAAUUUGUCGGGGUUGACUGUCCUGAACUUGGCCAACAACCCAUUCUUGUCUGGGAGUAUUCCAGUGGGCCUGCGUGGAAUACAAGCAUUGAACUUUGACUGCUCCAAAGUUCUCUGUGGGUGUAACUGUAGCUGCACCAAUACUUGAUCUAUGAAAGCUGAGAAAUGAGGGUCUUGUUUUGUAAUCUAUCUAGCUAGUUCAUGCGAUUUAUCUGAUACUGGUCCAAAAGUGGAGCUUGGAGUAGCCUUUGGCCCCCACCACGACGCUAAGCAAGCAGAGCAAUGUGGAUAGUGUACACGUAAAUGCUCCUGUCUUAAGCUGGC